AGCAGAGUUCACGGGAGAGCAGUUCAGUGGAGCUGUUGAAAAGGAGUGCCGAGGAUGAGCGAAUUCGAGCAACGAACGUGGAAACCGAACUUGCGCGAGCAAAUGAAAUGUUGGAGAAAGUAAAUGAGCAACUCAGAGAGAGCCGCAACACCGUUGAGCGCCUUCUGAUGGAGCUUGAUGAAAGUAAGCGAAAAGAGGAAAACGAACGAACCAUAAGGGAACAGCAUGAGUCAACAAUAAAAAAUCUGAAAGAGAAUUUGGAAGAAACGGAAAAACAGCUUGCUGAACUAGAUUGUGUUCGGAUCGAGAGGGAUCGUCUUGUGGCCGAAUUAUCCAUGGUAAAAGAGGACUGCGAGAAAGCUGUACAACUAUCUAAGCAGGAUUGUGAACAGCAACUGGAAAAUAUCAAGAAGCAAGCGGAGCAAGAGGCUCUUGAAAUGAGGAAACAAUGUGAAAUGAACGAACAGACCGCAAAAGCUGAGCUACUUUCACAGAUGGAUGAGAUGAGUUUACAGGUGGCUAAAAAAGAUCAAGAAAUUGAACAGCAAAAAAUGAAUAUAUCGUCACUGGAAAGGAAGCUGUUGGUUGAGGAACAGAAUGAGAAAAUUAUCAGCGAUUUACGAGCAACGCUUCAAACUGCAACCUCAGAAAGGGAAAGUAAAACGAAUGUCUGCACGGAACUGGAAAAUCGACUAAAAACGAUGUCUUCGUCAGAGCAAAAACUGAAGAAGCAGUUGGAGCUACAUGCGCAAGAAAUUUCUUCGUUGCAAAAUGAAAUUAGCGAAUUGAAGGCUAAAAACGAUCAUUUGCAA